UCUGCGCUUGCGCUUGGCGGCUGGCGCUGUACCCCGGCGCGGGCGCGCUCGAGAGAGAUCUCGGACGGUGGCAGUGGCAGUGGCAGCUCAGCGAUGGGGAGCGGCGGCGUAAUCCAUUGUAGGUGUGCCAAGUGUUUCUGUUACCCUACCAAGAGAAGAAUAAGGAGGAGACCGCAAAACCUAUCCAUCUUGAAUCUACCAGAAGAUGUACUCUUUCACAUCCUAAAGUGGCUUUCUGUUGGAGACAUCCUUGCUGUCCGAGCUGUUCACUCCCACCUGAAGUACCUAGUGGAUAACCAUGCCAGUGUUUGGGCAUGUGCCAGCUUCCAGGAGUUGUGGCCUUCUCCAAAGAACUUGAAGCUCUUUGAAAGGGCUGCUGAAAAGGGAAAUUUUGAAGCUGCUGUGAAACUUGGCAUAGCCUACCUCUACAAUGAAGGCCUGUCUGUGUCUGAUGAGGCCCGAGCAGAAGUGAAUGGCCUGAAAGCCUCUCGCUUCUUCAGUCUCGCCGAGCGACUGAAUGUGGGUGCCUCACCUUUUAUCUGGCUUUUCAUCCGCCCGCCUUGGUCCGUGUCUGGAAGCUGUUGCAAGGCUGUGGUCCAUGAGAGUCUCAGGGCAGAGUGUCAGCUACAGAGAACUCAUAAAGCAUCCAUACUGCACUGCCUAGGAAGAGUACUAAAUCUUUUUGAGGGUGAAGAGAAAAGGAAGCAGGCCCGUGACCUGUUCGAAGAGUCUGCUCGUCAGGGAUGCUUGGCCAGCUCGUACCUCCUCUGGGAAAGUGACAGAAAGACAGAUAUGUCAGAUCCUGGACGAUGCCUCCAUAGUUUCCGGAAACUCAGGGACUACGCUGCCAAAGGCUGCUGGGAAGCACAGGUACAUUCUGGUUGACUGGCUGGUAGAAGUUGCCACCAUGAAGGACUUCACAAGCCUGUGCCUUCACCUGACAGUGGAGUGUGUGGACCGGUACCUGAGGAGGAGGCUGGUGCCCCGGUACAAGCUCCAGCUGCUGGGCAUCGCCUGCAUGGUCAUCUGUACCCGGUUCAUCAGUAAAGAGAUCCUGACGAUUCGAGAGGCCGUGUGGCUCACAGACAACACAUACAAGUACGAGGACCUGGUGCGGAUGAUGGGAGAGAUCGUCUCGGCCCUGGAAGGGAAGAUUCGAAUCCCCACUGUGGUCGACUAUAAAGAAGUCCUGCUGACGCUGGUCCCCGUGGCACCCAGAACUCAGCACCUGUGCAGCUUCCUCUGUGAGCUCUCUCUGCUGCACACCAGCCUGUCUGCCUACACCCCAGCCCACCUGGCCUCUGCAGCCCUGCUUCUGGCCAGAGUGAUGCAUGGGCAGACACAGCCCUGGACCACUCAACUGUGGGACCUCACUGGGUUCUCCUGUGAAGACCUCAUGCCCUGUGUCUUGAGCCUACAUAAAAAAUGCUUCCAUGACGACGCCCCCAAGGACUACCGCCAAGUCUCUCUGACUGCUGUGAAGCAGCGAUUUGAGGACAAGCGCUAUGAAGACACCAACCAGGAAGAGGUGCUGAGCUACAGCCAGUUGUGUACAGCACUGGGGGUGAAAGAAAGCCCAGAGCCCGCAUCUUUCCUCAAUUCAGGGGAGAUCUGCCCGUUCCUCAGCUCUCCCUCUGGGAGGAGAACAAAGCGGAAGCGGGAGAACAGCAUCCAGGAGGACCGAGGCAGCUUUGUCACCACACCCACUGCCGAGCUGUCCAGCCAGGAGGAGACACUGCUGGGCAGCUUUCUGGACUGGAGUCUGGACUGCUGCUCUGGUUACGAGGGUGACCAGGAGAGUGAGGGCGAGAAGGAGGGUGACGUAACAGCUCCCAGUGGUGUCCUCGAUGUCACUGUGGUCUACCUAAACCCAGAAGAGCACUGCUGUCAGGAAUCGAGUGAUGAGGAGGCCUGCCCAGAGGAUGAAGGACACCAGACGCCAGGUACUCAGACACCUCCAACGCCAGGGCCCAGGCCACUUCUCUGCAAGAGGAAGCCCGGCAAGGAUAUCACGACCUCAGGGUACUCCUCUGUCAGCAGCACAAGUCCCACAAACUCUGUGGAUGGCAGCUCAGGGGACCCUCCGCAAUCUACCUCAGUGCUGUCCCUGGGCAGCGACUCAAACACACAUCCCUGCCACCAUCAGGCCAAGAAGUCAUGUUUACAGUGUCGUCCCCCAAACCCCUCAGAGAGUACUCUUCCCCAGCAACAAGUGAAACGGCAAAAUCUAUCUACUCACAGUGACGAGGACAUGAACUUGGGCUUCCUGAAGCUGUGAGUGUGUGUUAGUGUGUCUGUUGCAGUGAAUGUUUACCAAGGAGGGCUGCUGUUCUGCUAGGAGGAGUUGGGGGUACUGCAGGUGGGAACUGUAUUGAUCUGGGGGCAGUUCCACACAGCAGAGGGGUAACUGGUGGGUACUGAGUUUCUUUCUCUAGGAAAUUCCUGUGCAGGCCCUCAGAACAUCAUAUCAAUGUGAAAAGCUCAACUCCUCUUUGGAAAAUUUCUCUCCAAAGCAGUCAAACCAUGCCAAGUGAAGCCCACCUCUCUGUACCUCCUGUGUCCCACUGUCUGGAAAAAUGAAGCCUGUAUUUGUCCUGGUCUUCUCAGCCCCUCAGAGCUCCAUGCCAGGAGCUGAGAGGUUUCACAAGAACACAUGUGGCCCAGGUAGUCAGUCUGGCGCAGCUUGAGUCCCUGGCCAGCAUCUGUCUGACUUUGGGCCUCAGUGGGUGCUCACCGCUGUACGCUCACCCACCUUGGCCUGCACCCGAUAUCCACUCCCUUCCGGGUAGUCAACCUCAUGGUGAGGGGACCUGUGUCCCUGCACAUCUGUGUGUACUGCGCCAUGACUGCCAGGUGGGAACCAUGUUCCCUUCCCCUGACACUCUCUGCCCCUCUUGCAGGAGUGUUUGUCUGUGUCCCUGUGGUGUCCACGCAAACAUUUCUCUUUGCACUGAAUUUCUGGGCCAUAUUUCCCCCUUUAUUUCUAGGUUUCUUUCUUCCAAGAUGAGAGCAGAGUUACCAUUUAAAAUAAGGAGUAUUAAAAAACAAGAAAUUGGCAGCAUUAAUUUAGGCUCAGCUGAAAAAAGAUCAGACAUCAGCCUCUCCAUGUUAUCCUGGUACCUUUUUUCUACUUUUGUUUAUUUGUUUGGGGUGUUUUGUUUUUAUUUCUCUGUUUUUUACAGUACUGGUAUUGAACCCAAGAGUCCCCACUGAGCUACAUCCCCAACUUUAAAAAUUUAUUUUGAUGCCGGGCGUGGUGGCGCAUGCCUGUAAUCCCAG